CUAUCACAAUUGACGUCUUCCUUAGUAGAAUUAUGCGGUUUUGUUUGAGGAUUAAGAAUUCAAGCGUUUCAGCCACAUGAACAAAAUUACUUAUUUGAAUUAGGGUGGGAAUUCCCUACAAAGUGCAUAAGGUUUACGAAAUUCUGGAGGGGCGUUUAAAUAAAAAACUGUGAUUACAUUGCCUGAAAAUAGCAAAUACAGAACAAAUAUGGACGAAAAGGCCUUUACGAAGGAACUUGAUCAAUGGAUUGAACAACUUAAUGAAUGCAGACAGCUGUCGGAAAGUCAAGUCAAAACAUUGUGUGAGAAGGCUAAAGAGAUUCUGACCAAAGAGUCCAAUGUGCAAGAAGUACGAUGUCCUGUAACCGUGUGUGGAGAUGUCCACGGCCAGUUUCAUGACCUUAUGGAGCUAUUUAGAAUUGGAGGAAAGUCACCAGACACAAACUACCUUUUCAUGGGAGACUAUGUGGAUCGAGGCUAUUAUUCUGUGGAGACGGUUACAUUGCUUGUAGCUCUUAAGGUCAGGUACCGUGAGCGCAUCACAAUUCUUAGAGGGAAUCAUGAAAGCAGGCAGAUCACACAAGUGUAUGGUUUUUAUGAUGAAUGCCUAAGAAAAUAUGGAAAUGCAAAUGUUUGGAAAUUCUUUACAGACCUCUUUGAUUACCUUCCCCUAACAGCCUUGGUAGAUGGCCAGAUAUUUUGCCUACAUGGAGGAUUGUCACCAUCCAUUGACACACUGGAUCACAUUCGUGCAUUGGACCGCCUGCAGGAAGUUCCUCAUGAGGGACCGAUGUGUGAUUUGCUGUGGUCUGACCCAGAUGAUAGAGGAGGUUGGGGAAUCUCCCCAAGAGGUGCAGGCUAUACAUUUGGGCAGGAUAUAUCUGAAACCUUUAACCAUGCCAAUGGCCUUACCCUGGUCUCUAGAGCUCACCAGCUUGUAAUGGAGGGUUACAACUGGUGUCAUGAUCGAAAUGUGGUAACAAUUUUUAGUGCACCCAACUACUGCUAUCGAUGUGGUAAUCAGGCAGCUAUCAUGGAACUGGAUGACACUCUAAAGUACUCUUUCUUGCAGUUUGACCCAGCCCCUCGCAGAGGAGAGCCCCAUGUCACCAGGCGAACACCUGACUACUUUCUUUAAAUCCUGUACAGUGCAGUAUUUCCAUGAUUUAAUUCACAUUUACCUUGGAAAUGAGACUAGAAUGGUGGCAAGUAUAGGAUAUGGGGAAAAAACUUUAGAUUAAAAUGUCUUUGUACAUGGACCAAAAGAUGAGUGUCAUAUCCAAAAGUCUCUGUCUAGUAUCAUGACUGUGAUAACCAGUAAAUCCUCAGUUCUUUCUCAUUUCUUUCUCCUUACCUGUAAAUCUAGACAGGAAAAAAGAUUUUGCCGGCAAUCAGACAGCUGUUUUUAAUCUGUCAGCAAUGUUUUUUUAUUGGAAAGCAUAAACUUAGUAGUGUUUAACAUGUUUGAAACUUUCAUCCAUAUUAAAGGUCUUAAAAAUUCACAAUUCACAGAAGGAAAAAUAAACUUGAAAAUAAAGAUGUGUAAUUGUGUAAUCAGCUGUUUGUCUGCCAGCUAAAAGGUGUCUGAAUAGUGAAAGAUGAUUAGAUAUCUGUCAAACGGGCACCAGCUAAAUAAUAAAGUUGGAUCUUGCUUCUCA